AUGAGCUCUUACACAAACAAUAUCCGAAAGUCCCGGCCGUCGUCCUCGUCGUCUACGCCAUCUUCGUCUUACGCUAGGCCCAAGAGUGUUUACAGUUCUCCGUCUCGGAACAGCGCCAUGUACUCGUCCCUUGGCCUGUCCGCGCCCUAUCUCGGCACGUCAUCCUACUCUUCCACCAUUCCUUCGUAUUCCCCAUCAACGUACGGUGGCACUGCAUCCGGGUACGGUGGUCUGACCAUCACCCCGUCGUCGUCGUCUCCCAAUUUUUCGUCGUUUUCCGGCCGGACAGCGUCCCCAUCGUCGUCACUCCGCUCGCACGCCUCCUCGCCGUCUUCUCGCCACUCGCACGCCUCGCCGUCGUCCCGCCACUCGCACGCCUCUCCAUCAUCACGCCACUCUCACACCGCCUCCCUCAAACGAAACUACUACCAAAAUCCGCUGACCAGAUUUGACUCGUCCAACUCGUUGGCUUCUAGUAAAAGCUACGGAUCCGAGGGAUACGCGCAAAUGGAACAGUUACGCCAAGAAAAUCAGAGGUUAAAAGACGAGAAUGGUGCUUUGAUUCGAGUUAUAAGUAAACUUUCAAAAUAG